AUGUCCCGCUCAAGAAACGGCUGCUCAACGUGCAAAAGACGCCACCGGAAAUGCGACGAGACAAAACCAUCAUGUCGUGAAUGUCAAAAGAACAACCUAGACUGCGAAGGCUAUGCGUUGAAGUUACAGUGGGAUGUAGGCGUUGCGUCGAGGGGCAAACUCACGGGUUCUUCACUUCCUGUUCUAGGGACUGGUAGUGAGAGGAAGAGGCAGAGGGUGGAAAUUGAUGGUGUGGAGGGGCCUUUUGGGCAGUUCCAGGCCUUGCCACUGGGUUAUGUUGAGAAUAGCCCGGUGUCAGGUUUGAUGGAUAUGCAGUACCCUGUGAUCGAGACUGAAGAGCCACAGUGGUUACAACGGAGAAGCGACCAUGAAAAGCAUCUCUUCAAAGAAUUUAUACAAAAAACCGUAUUCCUCUUCUACUCCACCUCCACAGAAGAUCCAUUCCCUCUUGAACUCCAACGCCUCGCCCUCCAAAACGAACCACUAUAUCUCGGCCUAAUCGCCACACACGUAUACAACACCAACCCCCGGAACCCUCCACCGUUAUUCCACGAUCUAUGUAAUCAAAGCCUCCGUCUUUUUCGCGAGCAGCUAAGUGGGUUUGAUGGGACGUUAGAUGAGGGAUUGAUUAAUGCGGGUGUAUUCCUCUGCACACUCCACCUGUUUCAAGGAAUUCCAUGGACAGCGCAUCUGAAUUCCAUGAUGUGGGUAUACCAUCUCUUCCCGCAGUCCAAAAACGCACAUCUCAUUGGAGAUCUGGAAUAUCGCUUCUCGCUUGAGGCCAUGGCGAUAAUGGAUAUUCCCACUUUUGUCCGUGGACGCGAUACACCAACCCUUGGAAUCUGGGGUUUUCUGCGCUCCGCUCAAAAAGCGUCUUUAACGGGACUUGUCGGUGGUGUCGAAAGUGUCUCGGGCUUACCGCGAAGCCUUCUCGAUAUUUUCGGGAGAAUGGCACAUGAUGAUGUGGAGAAGGACUUUGCAGAUUGGGAAGGGCACGAGGGGUCUAUUCCGCACGUUCAUCUCUGGGAGGCCUUUCGGAUAUCGGGAAUCUUGAUUUCUCGACGACAAAAGCGCACACAAACUAACUCACCAUCUAACGAGAUGCUAGUCUGUCGUCUAGUAGCUGCCCUCGACGCAUUGUACGAAACUCGCAAACGCGAAGAGUACACGCACAUCCUCGCUACAAACAGCAUGCUAUAUCCCUACACCGCAGCCCGUCUCGAAGUAACAAUUCUCCAAACACGACCAUCCUGGGUCCGCACGCUCCGUCGGUGCGGAAGUAUCUGUGACGCAUACCGCGACACGCCGAAUGCGAUAAUUUUAGAGGAGAUACUAGAUAAGGCGUUGGAAAGGGGUGAUAAUGAAGUUGAUCUUGAUAGAGAGACGAAAGCCAGAGGUGUAGAGUUGAGUCGCUCUGAGAUCAUCCUCGUUCCAACACCUUCACAAGACCCCAAUGAUCCAUUAAACUGGAGCAAAGGACGAAAAUCAUGGAACUUCACCCUCGUUCUCGCCGUAACAGUAGCAUUCUUCUCAGCCAUCGUCAUGCAAAUGGUCCUCUGGCAACAAAUGAUCAUCGACAUGCACGUAACCUACGACCAACUCAACUACGGCGUCGCCUUCAACUCAGCUGGUCUCGCCCUCGGAAGUUUCCUCUUCAUCCCACUCGCUCGAAAAUACGGUUCGCGUCCUUGCUACAUACUAUCCACUGGGCUCACGGCUGCUGUGUCGUGGUGGAGUGGCAGGAUGGAGACGGUGGGGGAGAUGUAUGUUACGAAUUUCCUGUCGGGGCUGGCGGCGAGUAUUAAUGAGACCAUAUCCGAGAUCACGAUUGCGGACUUGUUCUUUGUUCAUCAAAGGGGUACUGCCAAUGGGUUUUACAUCAUGGCUGUCAUGGUAGGCCAAUUCGUCUGUCCCUGCAUUGUGGGCGUUCAAGCAGCUGCUCAAGACUGGCGAUGGACAUACUACACCACCGGCAUCGUCCUAACCAUUCUCUUCCUCCUAUUCAUCUUUUUCUUUGAAGAAACAAAGUUCAUCCCCGUAACUGUUGGCGAAACACGCAACACCUUAAGCCAGGGCCCACCUACACUCAAAAACUUCAAAGAUUCCUCAACUCGAGCAGACGUCCAAGACUCAGACUACACCUCAGAAACCCAUCCCCCGAGACUUACAUACAAACAAAAAAUGCGCUUCAUAACACGCACAGACGAACCUCUUUGGCGAAACUAUCUCGUCCCCCUCAAAAUGUUUCUCUUCCCGCAUGUUCUCUUCUCAGCGCUUCAAGUAGCCAGCUGCGUCGCCUUUCUUAUCCUCCUCACAUCUUCUAUCUCCAUGAUCUUCUCCGCACCGCCGUAUAACUUCAACACAGCUGGUGUAGGGCUCAUGUCGCUUGGGCCGUUUGUGGGGAACUUUUUAGGAAGUGUUUAUGGUGGUGUGCUGGGGGAUUGGGUUGUUGUUCAGUUCGCGAAGAGGAAUAAGGGGAUUUUUGAACCGGAGAUGAGAUUGUAUAUUUUGCUGUUGCCGGCGCUUCUUAUGGGUGGGGGGCUUGUUUUCUUCGGAAUAUCUGCUGACAAGGGUUGGCACUGGAUCUACCCCAGCAUUGGAGGCGCCAUGUUUGGCUUUGGUAUGGCGUCCAUGAUCGAUAUAUCAUGCACAAUCGUCAUCGACAUCUACCAAACCCUUACAGCAGAAGCCUUCAUCUCCGUCACAUUCAUCCGCAACAUCCCUUCCAUCGGGGUACCAUUUGGAGUCGUUGGCUGGAUAUCAUCCAUCGGCAUCUCAAAGCUCUUCAUCAUCAGCGGAUGCGUCGCUACCGGUGUCUGUCUACUAUUCAUACCAUAUGCCGUUUGGGGCAGACGUGUUCGUGAAAACACAUGGCAGAUGUAUGAGUCUGUACGGGAGUUGAAGGGAGCAGCUCGACACUAG